CUCAGGCCUCUUGUGUUGCUCUUCUUUGCCGGUAGAUUGUACAACAUGGUUCGACUCUUACUCUCCAUUAAAGCCGAUCUCGAGAAUGUCACCGACCUUGUUCCAGCAGCAGAUUCGUUCGAAUAUUUCUUCCAGGUGAAAUGUACGAGCUGUAAUGAAGUGCAUCCAAAAUUCGUAUCCGUCAACCGUCUGGAAGAGCGCGAAGUCUCAUCUGGGAGAGGGAACACAGCCCACUUUGUGUGGCGCUGUGGGCUUUGCAAGCGCGAGUCCUUUGCAAAGUUCGAUCCAGGAUCAGCACCUCUGCCGUACUCCGCAGAUGCCAAUGGUCAAUAUCAAUUCGCGCAAUUCUUAACCAUUGACUGCCGAGGCCUAGAGUUCGUUGGAUUUGAUCCAAGGGGUAUCUGGAAAUGCGUUGGUGUGGAGUCCGGUACCGUUUUCGAUGAGGUCGAUCUUGAAGAAGAAGAAUGGGUGGACUACGAUGAGAAGGCGGCAUUACCUGUUGGCGUAUCGAACUUCAUGAGCCAGUGGACGAGAGCCUAG